UUGAGUUCGACCCCUCUGGCUCCAAGUUACCCAAAAGCCCGAACCCGACCGAAAGCUACUAGCGAUAUGGCCCGAACCCGAAUACAAUCUCUUCAGUUGUUCUUUCAAGUUUCAAAACUACAUUUUUGCAAAUCUUGCAUCAAAACUCAAAACGCCUCCGAUAUUGUUCAGACAUUUCAAGUUCAGAUGGAUAAAGUAGCAGAAGAAGUGGAUAAAGUCAAGAAAGAUUUUCAAGAUACAUUUGAUCAAACCCUAAAACACAUCGACUCAAUCCAAGAAUACGGAAAAACAUCGCGAAUUUCGAAGCAAAGUGAAAUUGAAGAAGCGGAGAAGAAAGAUUCGCUGCCUAGAUUAAACGGGUUAGCUCAAGAUGGGCUGAACAUGCUGCAAUCGCUCCAGUUCAAUCUCGAUCUUCUCGCCCCGCAAUUGCCCUCUGCUGAUGAUGUCGAAAAGGCACAAUCUUUGGCUCAGUCAUGGAAAAAACAAAUCCAGAGUUUGCGACUGAGUUUAAGGAAUGCAAAUUUGCAAGCAAAGGCAAAUAUGAAGAAAGCUGCUCAACAAGAGAGAGAGCUCCUUUUAGGAGGUGGCGAAGAGUCUACAGCUCGAAGGCGCAAUUUACAGACCAAAGCAGGAAUGACUUCUGCUGCUGAGAGCAUCACAGAGAGCCUUCGACGCACUCGCCAGCUCAUGGUUCAGGAGGUUGAACGGAGUGCAAGCACUAUCAUGACUUUCGAGGAAUCAACCGGGGUUUUGAAGAAAGCUGAGAGCGAAUACAAGGGCCACCGAUCGCUAUUCUCACGCACCCGAGGCCUUCUCUCCACAAUGCAGCGUCAGGAUGUUCUCGACAGGGUGAUCCUUAUUGCCGGAUUCCUCAUCUUCUCGUUGGCUGUACUGUACGUCGUCUCGAAACGCAUCGGUGUGCUGAAGCUGCAGAGGCAAGUGAUUGCUGCUGUGAAAGCUGGGAUGGCAGGGCCAGAAGAGAUUGCACCUGUUAAUGUUGUUCCACUUCAUCAAAAUGUGGUUCCUGACUUGAAUGUUCCAUUAGAACAACCUAUGCACGAUGAACUUUGAAAAAAAAAUUCCUAUAUGCUAUUAUACUCGUUUCUGUGAAAUGAAAGUUCAAUCUGAGUGGAUUCUA